GCACGCCGCAGAGGUAGGUCCCGUGCGAACCGGCCGUUUUUUUCCCGCGCCGGGCGCGAAGCUUCGCGGAAGCUCACUCGCUCGAUCGCCUUCCUUCUCCCGCGUCCUGCUCCUGCCUAUAAACGCGGCAUCGUCUUCUCCACCCCUCACCUUCCUGCCUCCUUCCCCUCCUACUACCUCGAUCCCUCCUCCGAUCCUCUCGUCAAUUCCAUCCCUCGGCUACAAGGUAGCACGUACCAUCCCCAUGAAGCUUAGCGUGCCGUUCUUCGGCUCCUCAUCUGGCAAGAAGGUGACCAGGAGGACGAGAUCAAAAGACGGCAAGAGCGGCUCCUUCGGCUCCACCACGUCGUCGUCCGACGAGUGCGCGUCCGCCCUCACGACACCGCGCACCGUCCUGCCGCCGCCGCCGCCGUCUGCGUCCGCGUCGGGGCCCAAGAGAAGAAACCCGGCGGCGCCCCUGACGAGGGAGGACCUGGAGACAGCCCUGAGGCGGGUGGUCUCGAGCGAGGAGGAGCUGGCCGAGAUGCUCGCCGAGGCGGCGGGGUCCGGGGUCCUGCUGGAGGAGAUCGCGGCCGAGGCCCAGGCGGCGGCGGCGGACGAGGGCGAGCUCAGGGACACGUUCGCGGUGUUCGACGCCGACGGGGACGGCAGGAUCUCGGCCGAGGAGCUCCUCGCCGUGCUCGCCUCGCUCGGGGACGACCGGUGCUCCGUCGAGGACUGCAGACGCAUGAUCGGCGGCGUCGACGUCGACGGCGACGGCUUCGUCUGCUUCACUGAGUUCGCGCGCAUGAUGGCGCAAGGGGUGUGAAUUUUGUCGGUGUUCUGUUGCGUAUCUAGCUAGUGCAGCUGUUCUUUGAUGUCGCCGAUGCAAAUACUUGCUUGUAUCCUUGGUCGCGCGAGGUGAAUCCAACAAGAUUGCCAGCCUCUACAUAUUUUGUUCCUUUUAGUCCAGUAAUCACGAAUGAAUUUUGUUUGUUUUGAUCCACACCAGGUUGAGCCACCGCUGAUAAUCAAAGGCCCCUGCCUGGUAGGGUUUUCUUUAGAUUAAGAAAAAGUUCCGGCCUCGAACACUCAGGGAUGAAUUUCUGCAGCCAAUUAGGUCUUACAGCUGGUAGUGUUUUGGAUUCUAGAAUUCUUGUUUAUGGUUCUGUUUCUCUCUAGAAAUGUUUCUCUGGCAAUCAAAUCAAAUCGUCCAAUAUUCAUUUA